GCCGUGCCGCGCCAUGGCAGCGCCGGGCAGCGCCAGCGGAGGGGGCGAGGGCGGCGGCGAGCGCAGCCCGGCCGGGGGCACAGGGGGAACGGGGGAUGCGGGGAGAGCCGGGGGGGUCCCCUGGGCGGCCGCGCUGGAGGACUAUGAGUGUAAGAUCUGCUACAACUACUUCGACGCGGACCGCCGCGCGCCCCGGCUGCUGGCCUGCCUGCACACCUUCUGCCAGGAGUGCCUGAACCAGCUGCAGCUCCGUGACGCCAGUGCCACCAACGCCGCCACCCCGCCGGGCGCCAUCGCCUGCCCCGUGUGCCGCCACCGCACCGCGCUGCCCGCCAGCCGCGUGCACGGCCUGCCCUGCAACACCAAGCUCGCCGACGGCUGCCCGCCGCCCACCGACCGGCUCCCCCAGCCGCCCCCCGCGCCCCCAGCCGCCCCCGCGCCUCCCGCGCCCCGCGCCCGCCUGCGCGCCCCCGGCGCCCCCGCCCCCUGCCAGGACUGUAAACGCGCUGCGCUCACCGCCGGCUGCGUGUGCGUGGUCUUCUCCUUCCUCUCCAUGGUGGUGCUGCUCUUCACCGGCCUCAUCUUCAUCAAUCACUACGGGGGCGCGGGGGGCCCCGGGGGUGCGGCCCCCGCGGCGGCCGGCUCACCCGUACCCUCGCCCUCGCCCGUGGGGCCCAUCUGCCUGUCGGUGGCCAGCGUCCUGGCGCUCUUCUCCGUGGUGGUCACCUGGGUCAUCUGCUGGCUCAAGUACCGGCCCGAGGGUGCGGGCGCGGCGGGGGCCGGAGGGGGCGUUGGCCCCAGGGUGCGGGCGGCGGCUGGGGGAGGUCCGCGGAGGAGCGGAGCGUAGCGGGAGCGCACGCCGGGCUGCCCCGAGGUAGGGCCCUUGUGUAAGCUGGGCGCCCGGCUCGGUGCAAUCCUCCUCCGGGCUCCCUGCGUCCCCAGAGGGGCGCGUCCGAGACCAGGGCCUUGGUUCCUCACUCUCUCCUUCCCGGGAGCCGCAGGGGGCGAGGUGCGGGGGAUAGUCCAGUCCCCGCGGACUGCGUGGGGCAGCCUCAGCUUCCUCCACCUCCCCUGGGGAGGGAAUCCCGCCGCCCUGCCUGCGGGCCGGAAAGCUGGUCCCUGGCGGCCUUGACCUUGGAAUCUUCACCUGCACCCGUUGUCAGAGGACUUCGGCUGGACAGAGCGAGGCUGAGAACCACGUGCAAGAGAGAGACAGGUCCUGCGCCUUCCCCGCGCCUCUGGGGAAUGACUGAGCCUCAGUACCGAGGGCGAGGGACGCUGCCCCCAGGCAGGCGAGGCUGUGCUGGGGGUGGGGGGGGGGGUGCGGACCUCGCUUCGCGGGGCUGCGGGAAGAGCCACCCAGCAGGUGCGUUGAGAGCGCA